AUGAGGGCCGUUGCUUUUAAGAAACCAUUCUGUGUGGAGACGGUGUCGAAACCCAUUCCCGAACUCCAGUCUGCAACAGAUGCUUUGGUAAAAGUCAAAUACAGUGGUAUUUGCGGGUCGGAUCUACACUAUUAUCGAGGACAUAUCCCAUCAGCUCAAGGGCAGACUAUGGGCCACGAAUUUGUGGGGACUGUUGUGGCUAAAGGAUCAGAAAUCCCCGACUCACAGCUUACAGUGGGUGAUGAAGUGAUAUCAACAUUCACAAUCCAAUGUGGCCAAUGCUGGUAUUGCAAAAAUGGUCUAUCUGGAACAUGCGACAAAACAAACACUUUUGGGAAGACAGGGUUACAAGGUGCGCAAGCGGAGUACGUUCUUGUCCCGUAUGCAACAUCAACGUUGAUCAAGAAACCUCAGAAUGGCGAUUCUAAUGAUGCUGUCUAUACACUCAUGGCAGACAUCUUUGUCACAGCGUAUUUCGGAGUGAAGAAGGUUAGAGACUUUUUCAGCAGUUAUUCUGCAUCAGAUCUUACUAUAUUGCAAAUGGGUGCCGGCCCUGUAGGUCUUUGUGCUGUGGCAAUCUUGGCACAUUAUGGAUUCAAAUCGAUUGUUGUUGUAGAUGGGAUCGAGGACCGCUUGGAACAGGCAAAACAAUUGGGUGCAUCGGAAGUGGUGAACUUCCACUCGGGGGAAGAUAAAUUGGACAGUUUGACAGCAAAAUUGACUGAGCUGCGAGGCUACGACGCUGUGUUAGAAAUCGUUGGAGCGACGUCAGCCAUGAAGACUGCAUUUGACCACGUCCGUAGAGGUGGGUUCAUCAGCUCUGUUGGUAUGGGCCACGAGGGAUUGCCAUUCGAUGCUUUGCAAUGCUAUGCAAAAUGUUUGACAGUGAGUUUCGGUCGUUGUAACACUUGGUCUCUAUUCGAGGAGGCGUUAGAACUUUUUGAAGUGUUGAAAAGUGAGCUCAACACCUUGAUUGACGCAACACCGUCAAUCGAAGAGGCUGCAGAAUACUACGAGAGAUUUGAGAGGGGGGAGGUAAAGAAGGUAGUUUUGAAAUUUGAAUAA